AUGGAAGGCGGCGCGAAACCGAGUACCACGCCGCAAGCUCAGAAUCAGCCUGCAAAAAGAGACGCUUUCGCAGAGCUUCUCUCCCCGAAAAUUAAGCAGCCGAAACACAACAGCGGGAGUUCAUCAAAAGACAUACCAAGGAAGGCCCACGGAGGCUUCCACGCUCGAGAUGGCCUAGGCGCCUACAUUGCGAAACCAGAAUCAUAUCCGUCUACCACCGUCGUGUACUAUGAUGAUGACUUCGUCGUCAUCCAUGACAUGUUCCCCAAGUCUACGCUGCACCUCCUCCUUCUCCCGCGCGAUCCUGAGAAGACCCUUGUUCAUCCCGUCCAAGCGUUCGACGACGCAAAGUUUCUGGAAAAGGUGAAGAAGGAGGUAAAUAAGGUUCGUACCUUAGCAGCAAGCGAACUCCGGCGCAAGUAUGGAAAGUACUCGGUGCGGGAUAGAGAGCGAAUAGAGGCGCUUGAUGUCGAACCACCCGUGGAGACGUUGCCUGCAGGGAGAGACUGGGAGCAAGACAUCAUGUGCGGAAUUCAUGCGCAUCCAUCGAUGAAUCAUUUACACGUGCAUAUUAUCUCUGUCGACCGAUACAGCGACCGCCUGAAGCACAGGAAGCAUUAUAAUAGCUUCUCCACGCCAUUCUUUAUCGACAUUAACGACUUUCCCCUCGCGCUCGACGAUCCGCGGAGGGACCCUGACCGGCAAGGUUAUCUCAGGAGAAACUUCAUAUGUUGGCGCUGUCACCGGGAUUUCGGAAAUCAGUUCGCUGCACUGAAGAAGCAUCUCGAGGAGGAAUUUGACGAAUGGAAGCGACUGUGA